AUCAGCUGCCUCCGUGAGAUUGAACGUUAGAGCGCCUUUUACUGCUUUUACUUCAGUGAGAUCGAGCUAGCUGUUGGAGGUUACAGAAACGUCAACAGGCUGAAACAUGGACGAGUUAUUUCAGAAACAACUGUCAGAAAACGGCCUGAUCUACAAAAGGUCUCUGGAUCGGAUCAUAGAGAAGUACUCAAAGAUCCCAAACCCCGACCAGGGUAGAGAGGUGGACCUCUGCACCAUCAAAGAUAAAGAUUUUGAACGAUACAUGAGGAAGACCAAAGUAGAGCUGGACGAGUUGGAGUCUCAGAGACUGAAAGAAACGAGAGACGAGUCCAUGAGCGUGCAAGACAUCUCAGGAGACUCUCAGCUGGACUUCAUGCAGCAGAGCAGCGGAGCUGAUGAAAGCUGUGUUUCCAGCUUUUCCAACACACUUGUCUCUGUGCAGAGUGACUGUGAGGCUUCAGGCGUUUCUGAGGCCGAGCUGCAGCCUGAGGACCUGGACCAGGAGCUGGAGAUGACCCUGAGGAGCAACGACUCCUUGGCAGAGCUCUACCCGAGCAUGAUCAGCCGGAUAGGGCGCGCGGUGCAACGGCACACCGUCUCCGAGGCGGCUGACAAUGUGCUGAGGAGGUACCGCCGCUGGAGGCAGCAGCCCAACAGAAGCUUCAACUCCAGCAGCAGCUUCACCUCCACCCGGAGCAAGACCAGCCCACAGAAGAAGAGCAGCAAGGAGGACUCUCAGAGUCCUGUGAAGAGAGCAGAUCAGCAGGACUGGCAGCAGCAGUCACCUGUGAGGGGGAGGCCCAUAAUCGUCAUGGACCUCUCUGGUCCCUCUAGGAUCCUCAAACCUAAGAAGAUCCCCGUGAACCAGACCUUUGAUAUGUGUUUGGAUGAGUCCCAGCAUGGAGAGCAGCCGUCUGUGUACUCUGUCAGUCCUUCAUGGUCUUCAUACCAGUCUCCUAAAGCCCCCUCCGACAUGUCUCUGAGGGCCAGGAGGCUUUUUAACGCUGCACAGUCUCUGCAGACCGACGGGUACUCAGCGUAUGCAUCACAGACCGCUAAAGAGAGACCGGACCUCUACGGCUCCCCGGUCAGGCAGAGUCCCACAAAAUACCUGCUGAUGAGGAGCCUGAGUCAAUCCCCUCGCUCCUCCUCCAGGAGCCCAAAACUGCACCCUGCUGAGAGCUGCUCCAGAGAGCCCACCAGGUCCAGAUCAGAGUCCGUGUCUCUGUCCUCCCCUCAGAGAAGAACCCCUCAGCCCCUGAGGACCAUGUGCCCUCAAGACUGGAGUCCGUCCUUCCGUCUUCAGCAGCUUGCACCUCGCUCGGCCUCAGCAGCAGAGCCUCGCCACAGACGGCGUCACCUGUCCUUUGACUCCUCCCAGGCAUCCAGACCCGAGUCCUACUCCCCAAAGAAGCUGGACGAGGACUUUAUAAAGCUCUACCACAAGUUUGUCUGCCAGAACAAGUCCUCUUACUUCAUGGGGCUCCCCUGCCGGUUCUGUGCUCGGAGCUCUGAGGCGAGCAGAGGCCACACCUCCUCCUCUCUGGCAGCCCUUGCCUUGUCGCCUCACCGCUCUGUCCUGAGGAAACGCCACAGAGAGUUAAGUCCUGAGAGCCGCCUCCGGUCCAAACGCUACAGGGAGUCCUGCCCGUCUGGUCUGUCUGCUUCGGGAACUGAGCGGCAGUAUGACGGUUGCUCCCUCAGCCCCGGUAAACACAUCAUGUUUCAGAGGUUCAGCGGUCAGCAGCGAGCAGCGGAGCAUCAUCAGGACGCCUGGAUGAGCUGGAGCCAGCACAGACCUGCAGCAGAGUCCUCAGGACCAGGAAGUUCAUACGAGAGGAGUGCUGCCGCUGGCUCCCCCAGGAAGUGGUGGUGAACCAGAAUGAAGACCUCAAGGAGCGGUUCAGUGGAGACGGCUCUAAUGACUCUUUUCGACCAACGCAAACUGGGUUGUAUGUGAUUGAAUUCAUGAAUGAACCUGACUCAGGACACAGAGGACUCAGGAGACUCUGUUGGCUUACAUUGAAAUAGUUUUGAAGGAGGCGGAAUCACAGAACAACACACAGGCCGGAGAGUGCAGCUCUGUCAGACAAUCCCUCCGGAGUGGUGUUUAUCCACAAAAAGACACUAAAGUUAGAAACUCAUACCGAGACAAAUCUAUAGAAGGACGGUGUUCCAGCCUGGAGACACCAAGUCUGUCAAACUAGUCAGAUAUAAACAGAAGCUGGAAGAAGGACCUUGAUUACCAAAGUAACCUCCAUCAGAGCCGUGUCCAGUCUGUCUCCGAUCCCUCUCAGCACCGGAUCUGAUCGGUUUCUAUUCUAGUCAGUGUGUUAACUUCCUCUGGAUCCGCUCCGUUGCGUUCUGGCUGCGUCUCUGAUCCAGCAGGUCAGAGUCCUCCGGAUCAGAUGCACAAGACUUCUACUUCUGCCGGUUGCCAGAGCAUGAUGCAUCAAUCUGAACAGAGCAGAUGGAGCGGGACGAGAGCACAGAGCCGGACCACAGCGGAUCGGAGAAGAACUGGACACGGAUCUGGUGGAAGUCCGCUGUAAGUGUGAAACAUUCUUACAUGUAUGAGACUACAAAAACUCCACAUGUAUGUUCUCUAAGAUUGAAUAUGCUGUGGUUCGUAAUAUUAAAGAUGUAACAGCGUCAUGUUGCAGUUUUUAAGUUUGUAAUUAAAAUUAAUAUAAAGCAGGAAA